CAGGGAAUGAGACUGAGUAGCGGACAGUUUGUUGAAUCCAAAAAUCGAGUCUACAGGUUUAUCAUGCAGACUGACUGCAACUUGGUCCUGUAUCACAUUGGUGUCGGACCUCUGUGGGCCAGCAAUACCGCUUGCAGCCGCAGGGAUGGUCAUAUGGAGCUGCAACCGGAUGGAAACGCUGUAGUGUACGUUGGCAGUGUUGAACGCUGGGGUUUACGCUCAUCAGCGGACGCGCGCUGGGCUUCGAAUACUUGGGGGCGUAAUGAUGGAGCUCACCGUAUCGACGUUCAGGACGAUGGCAAUACUGUCAUGUACAACGAAGCAAAUGAAGCCAUUUGGGCUACUAACACAGCAGGGAGAUGAGAGAUUUAUGGAUUUGUCGAAGAAGAGAACAUGUGCGAUCUAUGCCGGUCACUGAAGAACUCCAGUGACCCAGACAAGCGAACAUGCUUAGUCCAUGGAGCUAACUAACUACAUCAGAUAAGAUUGAGCUUAGAGAUGCAACUUUUCAAGUCAUAUAAAAUCUCGAGAUCACUAUCGACCAUCUUCAAAAUGAAGCUGCUAUUAAACACUUUGGCUUUGAUUUGACGGAAUGUUUUUCAAAUGCUUGUAAAAAAGGCCUCGGGGA